UGUGCUAUCUGUAAACUCCCUUAUAGGUCCAUGUUUUACCUGACUGCCGUUAUAUUCCGAGUCUUUGAUGUGCACUAGACUCGACUAGAGCAAUGCGGCAGAAUACGUCAAGUUGUAUCUCUCAUUCUAUGGUAUCUGUGGUACUUUCUUCAAAUAUUACUGUGCCGGUGUAAUGACGAUGGAGUUAAAGAGGAAAAUAUGUUUCUUCAUCUUAUUCUUGGGUAUUCAGGCAAUAUGGAUUGCCAUUUUGCUGUCUCAUCCUCAGGUCAUGUCGGUUCCUAUGCCAAAGCUGAAUAAUUUUUUCAAUCACGACGAUGGAGUGAUUCAUAGCCUAGUUGUACGGAGAGCAGAUAACACAUUUAACGAGUCUGAGGUAGGAACUAAUCCAUCGUGCUAUAAAGUGGUUUAUACUUGGUUAGAUGAACGUGAUACAUUUCAUGUCAAUCUCAUCUUCAAGCAAGUCGGACGGUUUUCCUGCCCCGGCCUCUCUUGCGGUGUACAGAUUGAACAUGGACGAAACUUAACUGACCUUGCUGCUAGUGAUGUCGUGUUUCUGUUUUACAAGUCCGACUGGGAUUGGCACGAACUGCUGGAGCAUCAAUCAAAGAGGCAGAAAUGGGUUUUCUGGACAUCGGAGAGCCCACGGCACACCCACCAUCGGGUAAUCCCACUACCAGAGUAUACCAAUACAACGUAUGAUUACAUCAUGACAUAUCGGAAGGGGGCAACUAACAAAGAUGCCUAUCUGUCUGAGGGUGGAUAUGGUCAUUUUGAUAGGAAAACGCCCUCGGUCCAAAAGAAUGACACCGGGAACUGGGCGGCAGAUAAAACCCGAAUGGUCGCUUGGGUAUCUACCAACUGUAACCCUUCUACGCUGUCCUAUGAUCGUACAGGGUUUGUGAACGCCUUGUCGCGAUAUGUUAGCGUCGACAAGUAUGGCCCAUGCGGUUGGCAUCCUUGCAAGGACUUGGGUACCUGUGGUCUGCAGACAUACAGGUUUUAUCUAGCCCUCGAAAAUUCCGAAUGUGAGGAUUAUAUCACGGAGAAAUUUUGGUACAAUUCGCUUACUCUGGGUUUGGUACCCAUCGUGUUUGGAGCUCCAAAGGAAGAUUAUCUCAAAGUUGCGCCACCGAAUUCGUUCAUAUUUGUUCAAGACUUCCCAUCUAUAGCGAAACUUGCAGCUUACUUGGUGGAGCUCAGUGAAAAUGAUGAUCUGUAUAAUCAGUAUUUUGAAUGGAAGAAGGAAGGGUCUGUGACGUCUCAUAUACAGUUCUCAAACUUGGAACCCCAGAGCCUUUGUGCCAGUGUUGUUCAUCGGGUUUUAACAGAUGAGGAAGCCGAGCGUGAUCAAAUAGGAAACGGGGAAAAGAAACCUAUGGUAAACGCUUGGGAUAAAUGGUGGACAAACUCGUGUACCUCUACUGUCUCUGGAUUUCCAAUUCCCGACCAAUAAGUGACUUUUUUGUCAUUUUUCUAGUUAUAUUUGUUAAUUAUUAAAAUAUUUGUAUUCUUUUUAUUUUCAUGUUUACGUUCAGUAUUUACGUGAAACUUUAUGGAAAUAAUAUCAUAUUAAUAGUAAUUAUUUUGUUGUUGAAUGGAAUUCAACUGUACAAAUCUGUAAGCAUGAAACAGUAUGUGUUUUUGUUUAGCUGAGUGUAUUUUAAGCGCAUUGAGAGAAGAGACUUCCCCGUCGAUCCUAUCUGAUAGUGCUGUUAUU